AUGCAUUUCCAGACCGUGGCACUUGUGGUGGCUUCCUUGACGUUGGCGCAGGCUCGCCCUGACGGGUUCACUUAUAGACUCCCUAAACGUCAAUUCACCAAUGACACCACCUCGUCAAACUCACCCGAAAUGACCACAUCCAGUGCGAUUGUCGAUGGCGCAAGCACAGGCGCAUUGACAUCUACAAUCAGCCCAGUUGUUGAAGAUGUCUCCGUAACCAGCGGCUCCGGUGCCGGCACCACCUCCUCAAUGAUCAGUUGGGCCGAUUGGACAUCAUCGAGCAGCAAUGGCGAGUCCACUAUUGACGGCGUGAAGACCUCGUCCCUGACAGCGACUCCGAUGACGACUUCUUCGACAACCACAUCCAUCAGCGCUGUCGUUGAGGCCAUCACCACUUCGGCUUCGGCUUCUCCUAGCACCACUAUGAGCACGGAAACUUGGCUAGACUGGACGUCCUCGACGUCCAAGAGCACCAGCGCCAUCGUAGGGGCCGAGACAGCUUCUACAUCCACUACAAGUGCAGAAGAAACCUGGGUCGACUGGACCUCCGCUAUUACUUCUGGUGGGAGCUCACCCGUCAAUGCAGCUGUCACCUCAACUACCAGCGGGCCAAUGACCUGGUCAGACUGGCCGAUGACAACCACCACGGUCUCAUCCGGCGAGGAAGUUGCUGUCACAACGACUGUGGAGGAUACUACUGUGACCUUGACUAUGGGCGCUGGGAAAUCAGCGUCUGUCAUUACUACCACUAUUCGCAUGACCAAGACUUUGACUUUGACGAGUACUAUUUAUGCCACCAUAACUCGACCAUCGGGUAGGCCACAGGGAGCCGGAGACGUCAAGAACGUAGCUGCGGCAAGCACGGAAGGUACCACCACCAUCACAUUACAAUCCACGACCACCGAGACAAUCACUGUCUACCCCGUAGAGACGGGCGCUGGUGGUGCCGGCGGAGCUGGCAAGGAAGGAGGUGCUUGCCGUGUUGCAUAUGUCACCGUUACCGAGGUUUUGCAAAGCACCAUCACCGUCACAGCGACGCCAAGUGCGAACAAGCCUGAGAACAAGCCUUCGUUUGAACCCACUUUCAAGCCUUCGCCACCGGUAGCGGCGAUUGACGUCUCCACUUCAGCCACGAGCUCGACCACGAGCACACCCAGCACAACCAGCACGAUGAUAUCGGCCAGCUAUGGGUUUGGGAACGGCACCGAGACAAGAAGGCACCGCCCAAGCUCUGGAUUUGUGACCAUGUCCAAGUAUACCACUCCAGCGGGAUGGAAGCCAUGA